AUGACGACCCCUACCCCGUCUAUUGCGGUCCAAGGCCUCUCAUAUAAAUUCCAAGAUGGUUCUGACGGUCUUGAGAAUGUCACUCUUGACCUACCUGCGGGUAGUCGAACGCUUCUGAUCGGCGCCAACGGCGCGGGUAAAACCACCCUCCUCCGUCUCCUCUCCGGCAAGAAACUCGCCCCCACGAACACCAUCACCGUCGGCGGCCUCGACCCUUUCAAAGACAGCCUCGAAGGCGUCACCUACCUCGGCGUCGAAUGGGUGCUCAACAGCAUCGUCCGCACCGAUAUUGACGUGCCGACCCUCCUCGCCUCCGUCGGUGGCAACCACUGGCCCGAGCGCCGCGACGAACUCAUCGAGAUUCUCGACAUUGACCUCUCCUGGCGCAUGCACGCCGUCUCCGAUGGCGAGCGACGUCGUGUGCAACUUGCCAUGGGUCUGCUCCGACCAUGGACUGUGCUCCUGCUGGAUGAAAUCACGGUUGACCUGGACCUGCUUUCGCGGAGCAACUUCCUGGCGUUUUUGAAGCGGGAAACGGAGUCUCGGCCCUGCACGAUUGUGUAUGCCACUCAUAUCCUGGAUAAUCUGGCGCAGUGGCCUACGCAUCUGGUGCACAUGCAUCUGGGCAAAGUGAAGGCGUGGGGCUCAGUAGAGACGUUCUACAAUCAGGUCCCGGAUUGGACGUCGGAGAAUAGUCGGUUGGGUGAACUGGUGCUGAAGUGGUUGAAGGAGGAUCUCAAAGCGCGCGGACCACGAAACGAUGGCUCUUCGAGUCAGGCAAAGACGUACGGCGCCAUGAAUGAGAUUGGUGGAUAUGGACUGGAGAAGCGAAGUGAUUAG